AUGACUAGAUUUGCAAAACAUAAGAAACAGAAAAAAAAAUCUAUUGGUGAAGAUGCAACACCAUGGGAAAAAUUAAAAGAACCUCUAAAUGAAAAAGAGCAACGUAAAGAAGAAAAACGUUUAGAAAAAAAACGUAAACGUCAAUUAAAAAAGAUUUGUUUUCGAUGUCGAACUCCAGGACAUUCAAUGAAUGAAUGUACAACUGAAAUAUCUAAUGAAGAAAAAAAGAAAAGUGAAAUAAAAACUGGUAUUUGUUAUAAAUGUGGGUCAACUGAGCAUCGAGUACAACAAUGUACAAUGAAAGGUGACUCAUUUGUUUAUGCAACUUGUUUUAUUUGUGGUAAACAAGGUCAUUGGUCACGUUUAUGUCCUGAUAAUCCAAAUGGUUUAUAUCCAAAUGGUGGAUGUUGUAAUGAAUGUGGUUCUAUAAAACAUUUUAAAAGAGAUUGUCCAACAUUAUUAAAAAAACAAGGUAACUCAAUUUCACAUCAAAAUUUGGCAGUACGAGUUUUCCAAAAACUUGGGACUUCUAGAAAAAAAAUUCUAUAACUUACAAGGAAACUAUCCGAAAUGAUUCACCGCUUUUGAGCUCAU